AAAUAUUUUGCAGCCACACAACAACUCAUCGUAACAAAUUUUGAAAUAUUUGUUUAUGAUCCGUGAUGCAGUUGUACUAAUACAUGCAUAGAAUAAUGGAAAGUUCAAAAGAAGAACUAAGUGAGGCAAAAGAAAAAUUCAUUUCUUUGGACGAAGCAAAAAGACUUUCUCUAGAAAAUUCAGUUCGCCAUCAUGCUCGAAUGCAAGCUAUCAUCUGCUUGAUCUUAUGGAUUUCAGGAUUAAUGACGUAUUCAAUAAGUGAAUGGUACCAUUCUGAUCCUACGCAAGAACCUCUUCUAUCCAUGCCACGUCACCAAUCCACCGUUUAUCUCAGUCACUGUGGUAUUGUCAUCUGCCUCACAGGCUAUUAUGGAUUUUGGGCAGCGCUUCGACAAGUACAUUCUAUGAUUUUUGCGUUUUCUUACAUUGUAUUCAUAACUUCAGUAGCCGAAAUCUGUGGCGGUGCAGUCAUUCUUUCCUACUUGGAGCAGCCUGUUCGUGAUAAUGCCUUACGUAUUAUAGUAAACCAAACACGGGCCUUUAGCAUGGAAAAUCCGCGAAUCUUCAGGCUGCAAAUUACACUUCAAUGUUGCGGCGCCGAUUUUCCAGGGGACUGGGUGGGUUCUACAUGGUGGCUACAACAAAGAGAGAAAAAUACCAGUUUCGUCGUUCCUCCCAGCUGUUGCCUCACGGGAAGCGUUAUAAGACAAAAAGAACUAUCUUGCAAUAAAGGUCAGCCACCGUAUGAAGAGGUCUUGGAUUCUAGACUCAUACAUCAAAAGGGUUGCUCUGAUGUCGCAAAGAAACGAAGAAAGAAAUUGCUACUUACAUCAGGAAUUGUUUUCCUGUUAAACGCCACUGUUAAAAUGGUGGGUUUCUUUGGAAUCCACUGCUUUGUUAAUUCCAUUGCUGUUUCCCAGCAACAAUUAAAAGAAAUUUCAUUUGAGGAUUAUUUUGCUACGACACAUAUCUUUGCUUAAAUCUUUCUUGUCUGCAUAAAGACAUCUUUAAAAUAUUUUAUACAAACGGCACUAGGGUCAAAUCUUUGAGGUGCAUUAAAUUUUUACACGGAAAACUUAAUGCACCUCAUAAUUUUUACAUGGAAAACUUAUAUAUAUAAACCUAAAAAUAACAAAAUUUUAUAAGCCUAAAAAUAUAAUUAAAUUUAUAGGCCUAUACACAUUAAUUAAGUUUUAAGUCUGCUUGAGCUAAUUAAACGUAUAUUUAGAUUUAUUAAUUUUAAAGGUAUUAUUAACGAAACUAAUAAUUUGGACUAGCUUAAGUUUUAUAAGUUUAAUCAGAUAUAUCUGAUUUUGCAUCUACAUUGGUUAUCACGUUUUGUAACAAUUACAUAUAUCUGAUUUUGCAUCUUUGGUUUCGUAACGAUCAGAUAUAUCUGAUUUUGCAUCUACAUUGGUUAUUACGUUUUGUAACAAUUACAUAUAUCUGAUUUUGCAUCUUUGGUUUUGUAACGAUCAGAUAUAUCUGAUUUUGCAUCUUUAUAUAUCUCUAUGCAUUGUAUCUGUAGAUUCACUCGUACAUUUGCUAUUAAUUAAGAGUAAUAAAUAUUAUGAAAUAUAUUGCUGUUUUCUGAAACCUUGAAAUGUAUUCUACGUCUUGUGAUAAAACAGCACUCUAUGCUUUUGCUGUUUAUCUGACUCUGUCCAGGGUUAAAGAAUAAAUUAAGUUGCUAUUCCUAGUGUGAUACUGGCAUCAUUUUAAUUCAAUUUCAAAUGCUACUGUUCUUUUGAGAUACAUGUAUUAGUUG